CAAUUUAAUAAUAUAUUGCACAGAAGUAUUUUAAUAUCCAUUUCCAAUUAAACGAUACCAGUAUCCGUACUGUCAAUAUCCGUCGCCGAUAUUAGAAUCCACACACGACAGUUAAUAAGACAAACUAAACAAGAGAAUUGUACAGUCCUAUCAAAGAUUGUCGUUUAUUUUUAACAAUGAAUACUAAAGACAGCACCAAAUCAAAGCCUGCAAAAGAGGCUAUUAUUCAAUGUGUUGAAUCUUAUGCGAAGCAUCAACAUCUUUAUAAGUAUACCAUAAACGUGUCCGUGGACUACCUUCUCAAAAAAGCGAAAAACUACAUUAGAAAGAACGGAAAAUCUACAAUUGUCAUUCCUAAUUUGGAGAUAUUAGGACGUUAUUUAAAAAUAAGUAAUGGAACCUUGAGAGAUUUUUCAAAUCUGAGAAGAAUGGGAGAUGCAACUAUAUUCGACACAGGACGAACACGAAGUAUACGAGUUGGAUUUGGAUUUUCUACACUUAAAUUUAAGUGUAAUUAUGAGCUUACAAUUGGCUCCAGCACGUUCAGUGGCAACAUAUUCGCAGUUAUUAAUGGAUUAGGAAUAGCGGCGAAACUAAAUGUUGAUUAUGAUGAAGCAUACGACGUGAGUUUGGAGAACUUCCAAAUAAAACGUGGUCAAAUCAUUGUAAAAAUGACUGGUCUACUCGAUAGUUUAAUGAAUGUCAUAAGUCCAUUGAUUUCAUCAAUAGAUACUGAAUUGUACGACGUGAUCGAAGUUAUAAUCGGUAAUUACGUUAAAGAGGAAAUUAAAUUUCAUUUGUAAUUUGUAAUAAUAAUGCUUUUCAAUUAUAAUCACGCAAACCGUAUGAAUUAACAAUCUUUCAGUAAUGACGCGAUAAGUAUAGGUUUUAAAAAA